AUGAAGAUGAAAAUUAGAAAGAAACGAUGUUGUGAUGAUCACAAAGAUGGAGUGAGGAAAGGGGCUUGGACACCAGAAGAAGACAAAAUCUUGGUUCGCUACAUCAAACUCCACGGCUGUGGCUCCUGGCGUUGUCUUCCCAAACAUGCUGGUCUACUUCGAUGUGGGAAAAGCUGUAGGCUGCGAUGGAAAAAUUAUCUUCGGCCGGGGAUAAAACGUGGUCCUUUUUCUGAGGAAGAAGAGAAUACUAUUGUCCGACUUCAUAGCACGCUUGGUAACAGGGGGGCUGCCAUAGCCUCUCAGCUUGAGGGAAGAACGGACAAUGAGAUAAAGAACUAUUGGAACACUCAUCUAAAGAAGCGUUUCAUUUGCCUGGAUGAUAAGCGCCAACAAACCAAGUCAUCCUCUCUCUUUAUUCAUCAUAUUGGCAAUGUCGAACUCCAAUCCCCUGCCACUCGCCACAUGAUUCAAUGGGAGAGUAUUAGAGUGGAAGCUGAAGUUAGAUUGUCAAUGGAACCAUCACUGCUUUACUCGACGCCUAACGCGAAUUCAGAUCACUUCCUCCUCCUAUGGAAUUCCGAGGUAGGAAAAUCGUUUCGCGAGAUCAAAGUCAAUGAUGGAAGCAUCUACAGAAGCCCUGCCUUCAAAACAUUUUGCCAUGCGAAAUUCGGGUCAAAUUCUAGUUUCCAUGUGGAAGCAUGUCGCACUAAGACCAGUCCCUCAACUGAAAUGGCUCACGAGCAAGAAGAGGACAACUUCAAACGAAAGGCAAAUUCCGACUCAUCGGGCGAAUGUGAAUUGAGUGAUUCUAGUUUAUCAGUUUCAGAAUUGCUGCUAGAUUCCCCGAGUGACUAUGAUUCGGAUUUACUUCUAUGUAAAGAGAAUGAUUUUGCAAUUUCCCUACAGAGAACCUAAUUAUGGCUGUUUGGAUGAGAUUGCCAAAGUGACCAAAACUUGGAGUUCAUUACUAUUUUAUUUGUUAGAAAUUACAACUCUCUUCUUCUGCUUAUAUCCGAGCAAACUUGUGAUCAAACUUAAUUGUCUAGAAAAAAUAAAGAACUAAUUCAACCCAAAAAAAAAAAAAAGAUUAUAAUAAUAAGGGAGCUUCUCCCGUGCACCACUAUUUUUUGGACUACCGGUAGAAAACAAAAUUUUUAUCCGUUCGAUUAAAAUCGUCUGGUUAGAAUUGAA